GCAAAAGCAUCGAGUACUUGGCGAUAAAAUUAUGCUUACUACUUACUGUUAUCUCUAUCUCAAUUAUAGCGGCACUUUCAAUUUUUGUGUUUAAAAUGUCUAACUAUUCAUUUGGCACUUGCCCGUAUAAUAAAGAACAUCGCAUCAUGCUAUUCCGCAUGCCGGGCCACAUUGUCAAAUGUAUGAAAAACUACCGUGGGCCGCCCCUGCAAACUUGCAAAUAUAAUGCCAUACACCGCGUGCUCGACAUGGAAGAGCACCUGAAAGAAUGUGAGGACUACCACAAGUUUACUGAGAAUAAUUCGUUUCAAAUGGCGCUUUCGGUGCGCGCACAACCCAUUAUUUACGACGAAGAAGCUGUAUGAGGCACUAGGUUUGAAUCAACAUUGACUUUUGUUCACACUUAUGUACGUACAUCAUUCAUCACAUAGGAUGGAUGUACGCCUUGAAGAACAAUGCAACAUUUUCGUUGUACUUUUUCUUGCUAUAAUUUGCCGUAAUAUGUGUAGGAAUAUUGUUAUUAUUUCAUAAUCCGUAGAAACCAUCCAAGAACAGUUAAUGUGUACCCAUAUUUUUUCACCAAAAUAUGUCUAAAGUAUUAAUUAAGUUAACGGGAAAAAAACAUACUGUGUGUGUUAACACCGCCAUAUUCGAAAAUCAAAUUAGCAUUUAAAAUUAUUUGUUUAUUAUGAACCUUACUCAAUAAAGCAAAUGUUUUGGUAUUUA